GUUUGUCAUUAUUGUCAACAGUCAAACAAAAAAUAAACCUUUUCCUUUAAAAAGUUCUAAUGAUAAAAACAAAUAGUUUUAACAGCAAUAAACAUGGAAGUUAUUUGCAAUAAUUACAUGCCAGGUGAUUCGCGUUUAGUCGAAAAGUUAGUGUCAGAAUUGAAAUCGCAAGGGAUAUUCGAUCAGUUUCGCAAAGAAUGCAUAUCCGAUGUCGACACAAAGCCUGCAUACCAAAAUCUAAGACAGAGAGUCGAAGGGACAGUGACUACGUUUUUAAACCAGCAAGCUUGGAGCAUUGAUUUGAAUAAAAACCAACUGCGAGAACAGCUUCGUAAAAAUUUGCACGAAUCUGGGUUCUUGGAAACUGGUGUUGAAAGAAUUGUAGAUCAAGUAGUAAAUCCUAAAAUCAGCACAGUAUUCUUGCCGAAAGUGGAAGAUGUAGUGUAUAGGUUUUUAGGAAUAGAGAGACCAGCUGGUCGUAUUGUUAUUAAAAAGGAAGAGAAGAAAGUUAGUAUUACAGAUUUGCUACCUACAGAUUUAGAAGCUGUAUCUCCAGAAUCUGUAGACAGUUUCAAAACUGAGAAAAAGAAUGACAGUUUACAAGAUUCGUUACCCUCUAGUGGAAAAAUGGAGGAGGAUGAAAGUCCUCCAUUCGAACCAUUGGGCAUCCAAAACAGCCAUGAGAAUUCCAUGUCACAAGAUGACACCAAAAUGCAAAUAGAUGAACAUUCUAGAGAUUCCCACUUAUCUGGAUUUUCAGGUCUUGAAAGCCACGAAUCGAAUCAAGGCAGUGACACAAAAACUUAUCAAAUGGAUUUAUCCAAUCAUGAUUCUCUGAACAGCAUUGAGACCCGUUUAUCUAUCAUUACUUCUGAAGAUACAAUAAAAAUGGAAAUUUUUGAUGAUUUUACUGCUCAAAUUAAAAAUAAUAAAUUCGAGAUUACCUCAGAAGAAGUGAAUACUGCGAAUGAUGCUGAAAAUACCAUUUCUGUUGUACCAGACGUAAAAAAAGAAGAACCAAUAAAUGAUAUUAUCAGUGAAAAAAUUGAAGAACCAGAAAAGAAAGACAGGAAGCACGACAACAAACAAGAUGACAAAAAAUCAAGAAGCUCAGAUAAAAGCAAAGACAGAAAAGAGGACAAACAUAAGAAAAGCAGCUCAUCAUCCAAAGACAAGGAAAAAUCAUCGUCGAAACAUAAGGAUUCGAAAGACAAAGACUCUAAUAAAAAGGAUUCGAAAAGUAGCAGCAGCUCACACAGGGACAAGGAUAAGAGUAAAGAAAGAAGCAGCGAUAGCAAGGAUAAAGAUAAAUCUUCCAAAUAUAAGGAUAAAAACGAAAAAUCUAAACACGAAAAAGACAAAACUGCAGAGAAAUCAAAGUCCGACAAAGAUGCUGCUAACAAAGAUGAAAAAAAUAGAGAUAAAUAUAAAUCAGACAAGAAUAAAUAUGAAAAAGAUAAAUCCAGCAGCAAGGAGAAAGACAGGUACAAAAGCGAUAAGGAUAGGCAUUUGAAAGACAAAGAAAAAAGCAAGCACAAAGAUAGAAAUGAUAAAGAUAGAAAUGAUAAAGAUAGAAAUGAUAAAGAUAGAAAUGAUAAAGAUAGAAAUGAUAAAGAUAGAAAUGAUAAAGAUAGAAAUGAUAAAGAUAGAAAUGAUAAAGAUAGAAAUGAUAAAGAUAGAAAUGAUAAAGACAGAAAUGAUAAAGACAGAAAUGAUAAAGAUAGAAAUGACAAAGAAAGAUCUUCGAAAAGCAAAGAAAAAUCUGAUAGAGACAAGGACAAGAAUUCCAAAGAAAAAUCUUCCAGGGAUAAGGAUAAUUCUGUCAAAGAAAGAGUCAAAGAUAACAAUAAGGAUUACAGUAAAGAUAAAAUUAAGACUUCCAGCAGUAACAGCAGCAGUAGUGGCUCAAAACACUCUUCCUCUAAAGAAUCUUCCUCUAAAGAUAAGAAGGACAAAUACAAAGACAGCACUACUAAAACCCCCGUCGAUGAUUCAAAAUCCAAAUCAUCGUCGUCGGAUAAGUCCAGAAAGGAAGAUACCAGGCAUUCCAGCAGUAAAAAAGAUCACAAGGACUCUAAGAAAAAAUCCAAAGAUGAUCAUUACAGUUCGAAGAUCAAAAAAACGGACAGACGUUCGACGGAUAGAGACUCGAACGACGGUACUUCGAGUAAAAAUAACAAUUGCUUGAAUAAUUACUCGGAGAGCAUGUCGUCCAAAUCAGAAAAUAAUUCGCAGGAUCAGUCGAAUUCGAGUUUCAGCGGUGGAUCCGGUGAUUCUGGGAAUUCCGAUCAGGUGGAAUCGGCGACGCACAAUGCGGUUGAGAUUACUGUUGGAAAUGGAUGCGUUCAAGUAGAACAAUCGUUCGUUCCUAUGCAGAUUCAACCGAUGAAAUAUAUGAAACCCAAAUUCGCUUUGAAUUUCGAGGAAGCCAGAAAGAUCAUGAAAAUCCGUAAACAGCUAGCCAGAAUGGAGAGACAAAAUCAACUCAGUUUGACCAGAAUCGACGUACCGCCUAUCGAAAACGGUAUUGCUGUCAAAGAGGUUGAAAACGUCAUCGUUAAAGACAGCUUACCGAAUAAUAUCGAGGUUGAUAACGAGCAGAGUAUUGAUUUGUUAUCCGAUGAGACCGUAAAGGAAAAAGUCAAUAAUAUUACGGAUAAUCUUGUCUGUAUUAGUGAAGAUAGUAUUAUUAGUUCUAAUGAAGAUAAAAAGAAUUUAGAAAGAGAUGAACAUAAAGAAAUGACAAUCGAGAGCACGAAUUUAAGUAUGGAAAACUUCGAGGCUUUAGAAGCUAAGUUAGCCCAAGUUAUGUCAAAGAUAAACUAUAAUUCAUACGAAUCGGAUGAGGAUUACGAAUUCCACGGUUACAGCUCGACAGACUUACUCGACAGCAUUCCUAAGCAAGCGAUCGAUUUUCACUUUACAAACACAGAAAUGCAGUCAACGAAUUAUCGAUUAGAUAAAGAAGUUGAUAGUGUUUACAUUCUACUAGACGAUCGAUUAUCUCUCGAAUCCGAAAAUCAUCGAUUAAACAACGUACCAGAAUUGUCGGUGGUUCUAAAUAAAUGCAAUAGCAACGACGACUGUCUUUACCUGGAAAAACCGACGUUAUGCGAGGAAAACAAUUUGAAAUUUUUACGACAGAUCGUCUCGAAGCUACAGACGGAAAUUAACGAUGCCGUCGAAACGACCAGGAACAAUUUUUGGCCGUUGAAUCGAGGCAAGAAGCGAAAGUUGGAAGAAUGCGUCGAUUUUAGAAAUAACAACGAUAUUGGAUAUACCACGACCGUGAAUAAAAGGAGGGGGUCCAAUAGUUCCAAUACAGUCACCUCAAAGGCUAUUAAAAAAAGAAUGUGCAAUAAUACAGAUAUACCAGAUGAACAUUUUUCUCUUCCAUUGAGUCCAGCCGAAAGCGAUAAGUCGAAUGAUAGAAAAGAAGAGGAUCUGUUGAUACCGAUGAAACAGAAACGGAUUAUACGAGGAUAUUCACAACGGUAUUCCAGUGAGGACCUUUACAAACCCAGGCCGAUCAUUAGUAGAAGAAAUAGGUUUUCCAAGAAUACUAAUUAAAACCUUUUUUUUUUGUAAAAAAAGUUUUUAUUUAUCUUAAUUACAGUACAGUGCUAUAUAAAAAAUGCCAAGUAGGUUUUUUUAGAUUAGGUUCG